AUGGACGGUGAUCCCGCCGUCGAGCCAGAAAUCGAUGGCUUCAGUCGCGUGCUGCCCCUGCCGUAUCGCGUCGCUCUUAUAAUAGUUCUGGGCAUCUGGGCCUGGGGUCUAAACCUCCACUACCUCACCCUCAUAAAGAUAGACGUCCCGAGUCUGAUCCGCUACCCGGGCCGUACCUCACCCCGCCAUAUCCCGCACCACCUCUCCUGCUACCGCAUCGCAACCUUCCUCUCCAUCCCGCUUGCCCUCUCGCUGCUCCUGUUCUGGACCCUUACGCACGGCAGCCCUACAGAUAUUGCCGCUUGGGAAAUUCUGCCAAACCUCUACCUCUUGGUACUGGUCAUUGGCUUUGUCAUACCGCUGCCAUUUGUUAGUCGCAAUGGACGGACUCGUACAUUGGCGACGCUGAAACGCAUAUCGAUCGGCGGCAUCGCAGAAGCACAAGACGGAAAGUUUGGAGACAUUCUGCUAGCCGAUGCGUUGACGAGUUAUGCGAAGGUGCUCGGCGAUCUAUUCGUCUCACUGUGCAUGUUCUUCUCGUCGUCGCACAGCUCAACAGGGCCUCCAAACAGGAGUUGCGGCGGCGUGUUCUGGGUUCCCUUCAUCAUCGCUAUACCCUCGAUGAUACGUCUACGGCAGUGUAUCACAGAAUACUAUCGUGUUCAGAAGGCGAACAAGCAAACCGGGCAGAUUAGUCCAGCGACAGGAUGGGGUGGCCAGCAUUUGGCUAACGCACUGAAAUACUCGACCGCAUUUCCUGUCAUCAUACUGAGUGCUCUGCAACGCUCGCCUGAUCCAUCCCGCUUUGGUGUUUCGGAAGCGACGUUGUUCCGUAUGUGGCUCGUCGCAGUGGUGGUAAACUCUGGCUACUCUUUCUACUGGGACGUAGCCAAGGAUUGGGAUCUUACCCUCUUCUCUAAUGCCCGUACUCGGGAUAGCUCAGAAUACCCACGGGGUCUAAGACGGCAUCGCUGGUUCCAUGCCAAAGAAUUCUACUAUGCAGCCAUUGCAGUGGACGCAAUGCUGAGGUGUACAUGGAGUCUGAAACUCAGUGUGCAUCUGGAUCAUUUCAACGAUUUGGAAGGAGGCAUCUUUACAAUGGAAGUUCUCGAGGUGUUGCGAAGAUGGAUAUGGAUCUUCUUCCGUGUAGAGACAGAGUGGGUGAGGAAUCACAGGGGCCCGGCGCCUGAUGACAUAUUACUAGGCGAUGUUGGGGUUGGAAAUAAGUACGACGAUAGCGAUUAG